AUGGAAAGGUAUAAAGUAGUAAGGGAGAUUGGUGAUGGGACUUGUGGAAACGUUUUUAGGGCUUACAAUAUAGAAACAAAUGAAAUUGUUGCUGUUAAAAAGAUGAAGAGAAAGUUUUACCACUGGGAAGAGUGCAUCAGUCUGCGAGAAGUAAAGGCCCUCCAGAAACUAAAUCACCCCAACAUAGUGCAAUUGAAGGAGGUGACGAUGGAAAAUCACGAGUUGUUCUUCAUUUUUGAACACAUGGACUGUAAUUUAUACGAUGUUAUAAGAGAAAGGAGUGCUCCUUUCUCUGAAGAAGAGAUACGGAAGUUUAUGCUCCAAAUACUGCAAGGCCUUGUGUACAUGCAUAAUAAUGGAUAUUUUCAUCGUGACCUGAAACCUGAAAAUCUUCUGGUGACAAACGGAAUUGUUAAAAUUGCUGACUUUGGGUUGGCAAGAGAAGUAUGCUCCAGUCCUCCUUACACAGAUUAUGUCUCUACCAGAUGGUACCGGGCUCCAGAGGUGCUGCUGCAAGCUUCAGCUUACACACCUUCUAUAGACAUGUGGGCCAUUGGUGCAAUUCUGGCUGAGCUUUUUACACUGUCUCCACUUUUCCCUGGUGAAACUGAGACAGAUCAGGUAUACAAGAUAUGCGCUGUGCUUGGGACCCCAGAUUACUCCCUCUGGCCAGAGGGAAUGAACCUGCCUCGUUCAAGUAGCUUCCAGUUUUUUCAGAUUCCGCCAAGAAAUCUGUGGGAGCUUAUUCCUAAUGCUUCCCUGGAAGCUUUAGACUUGAUCAAGCAACUUUGCUCCUGGGAUCCACGAAGAAGGCCAACUGCUGAGCAAGCACUACAACAUCCAUUCUUUAAUGUGCGCAAGUGGGUACCAAGACCUCUCCAUGAUGCUUCCUACUCAAAGAGGAAUGAGCCUAGAGCAACACCACCAAGGUUGGAACUGGACCUUUGGUGUUUUGGUAAAGAAUCUGAUGACCUUGAUCUAACUCUCAGCCUAAAGCCAAGCUCUGUAUCGGAUCUUGGUAAGCAUGUUCCAGAACAUAGACAAGAGGAAAAUCUUCUAUACCCAGGUUAUGGGAAUCCUCCUGUACAGCCAGCAGGGCUGUGGCCACUCAUGUCAUCAUCGCAUCGGCCGUUGGGGGAAGCCCCGGCCAUGCCAUCCUGGCAGCAGGCGUACAUUGCUGACAGCCAAGCCACCGCGCUGCCAGCUGCUGGGGGAGGAGGGGGAGGGGGAGGAUUCCCGGGCUCUUCUCCGUUCGGGCUGUUCCCUCUGCAGCCCAACCUGAUGGAGAAGCGGUCGCUGGCGCCGGCGCCCAUCCGGCAGGUCAAUUUCUUCUGA